GUCCUAGUUUCUUCUGUUGGAAGCGAGAGCAAGGAAGGCGGGUCUGGCUGGGAGUUCGAUGCACGGUUAGCAAUCCAAGAGGAAGCAACCCGGGGUUGUGGGCGCCCUUGCUGCAAAAGCCGACCCCCAUCGCGCGCCGAGGUUGUGGCAAGCAUGGGCGUCACCUGUGUAUCUCAGAUGCCAGUAGCAGAGGGAAAAAGUGUUCAGCAAACAGUUGAAAUCUUAACAAGAAAACUGGAGCUACUUGGUGCAGAAAAACAAGGAACAUUUUGUGUGGAUUGUGAAACCUACCACACUGCAGCCUCCACAAUGGGCAGUCAAGGACAGGCUGCCAAACUGAUGUAUGUGAUGCACAAUUCAGAAUAUCCCCUCAGCUGUUUUGCUCUCUUUGAAAACGGCCCAUGCCUCAUAGCAGAUACCAACUUUGACAUUCUUAUGGUGAAAUUGAAAGGUUUUUUUCAAAAUGCUAAAGGGAACAAAAUAGAGAGCCGAGGCACUCGAUACCAGUACUGUGAUUUUUUGGUGAAGGUCGGCACAGUCACCAUGGGGCCCAGCGCCCGUGGAAUAUCUGUUGAGGUGGACUACUGUCCAUGUGUGGUAGCCACUGACUGUUGGAACCUUGUAAUGGAAUUCAUGCAGAGCUUUAUGGGAAAUCAUGCCCCCGGUAUCCCUUCUGUGUUCAAUAAUAAGCAUGACAGCAUCUACAAUCCAGCUGAUACAAUAGUUCAAUACAUGGAACUUUUCAACAAAAUUCGCAAGCAGCAGCAGGUGACUGUUGCAGGUAUCAGAUGAAGGAGGGUCAGAAAAUGUUCUUCAAGUAAGCAACCAGUUUGUUGAAUAUCAAAUUCAAUCCAGUAUUACAGAUAGCAGUUGUUAUCCAUUAAAGCAAUGUCUCUGUUGUAAAUAUCUUCUUGUUGAAGAUGAAUGCUGUCUCAUAUCAGACUCUUAAAAAUGUAUGCCAUAGUUACUUUGCCCUUGUUUUAGAUACAGAGAAUCUAGUCAUGGAAACCAAUAUCUGUACUGUUAUACAUAGGUUAAUUUUUAUAUUAAUGAAAACACCAAAUCUGUAUCUAUUGGUUUUAAAAUGUUGAUUAAUUGUCAUUGUAUUCUUCUGUCUGGUAGGGAUUAAUGAUUGUUUAGUCUAUUUUGCUCCUGCAAAACUUUUUGUUAAUUCUCACCAGGGUGGGUUCCUGCCAGUUCUAACCUCUUCUAUAGAAGAGGUUCCACAAAUCUGCCGUUUAGAACUGGUUCC